AAAUUUAAAUAAAGUAUUGAAAAAAUAAAUUCUCAAAUGUAAUCCUUAUUUAUACUACCAAUUACUUAUUUCAUAAAUCGUCUAUUAUACCCUUACAGCAUGUCUUAUAUAAAACUGUCUUACGAUAAGACGACUUUAAUAGAAUUUAAUGGGUCAAAGCUAAAAAUAAACCCAUUCUUACCUCAAUCUAACCGACAUACCCUUACUCCCUCAUACAAAACCCACGGCUCCCAGUCCCUCUCUUUCCCUAACUCCCUCUUCUAUCUCCCUUCUUCCUCCAUUCUUUCCCCUCACAAGAAAAAUCUCCUACCAUCAUCACCAAGCCCAGCCAUGAGUUCCACCACCAACAGCAACCAUUUCUCCUCCUCCCUUUAUUGUUGGAGACGAUAUCAUCGAAGAACCCUUCUAGUUGAUAGCUGGAUUCGUUACCUUGAAGCGACAUCGUCGUUUGAUCACAGAUCGGAACCGGUCGGGAACGAUGGGUUAGCAGUGUUGAAUAGCAUUCUAAGGAUAUAUAUUGAGCUGAGCACAUAGGAAUUUGUAGAUUUGUAUUAGGAUUUUGGAUAAAUGUAUAUUUGUUUUGGCUGUGCUGGUUAUAUCGGACUUGUAGAGAAUUGUAUGAUUAUCUUGUGUAUUAGUUAGAUGUUGGUUUUGGGAUUUAGCUGAGUUAGUCACGUUGAAGAGCUUGUGACCCCUUUGCUUGAGUUUUGGAAGUGUGAUUUCAGUUUCUUGGAAAACGAACCUAGUGAUGACCCUGUUUACCCAAUCAACGGUAAGUCGGGUUGUUACAAUAUUAAACCCCUACUUGAAGUAUCCUAAAUGCAUACUUUAGGUACACAAAAUGCCUACUUAACAUAUUGUGAACCCCUACUUGACGUAUCCUAAUUCCUAAAUGCCUACUUGAGGUAUCCUAAAAUCCUAUCGAGUAAGCGUGCAAUUAGACAGAUAAGUCACUAUUUUUUUUCAAUUAAUUUUUAAUGCGCUAGACCUCUUGAGAGACGUUUCUCAUGAGACAUACUGUUACUAUUUUAGAAAAAAGUUUAAAAAUCAAAGGUUAGCCAAUUAAAUUAUGACAAAUGACAACUUAAUUUUAUUAUUUUUUUUUAAAUAAUUUACUAGUCCUUAAAAAGAAAAUGUAAAGCAGAAAUGAAAUCUUUAGAAGGUGACUACAAAGUCGGACCUGCAAAACUUGAUUAUGUAAAGGUCAUUACCAUCUAAUAUCACUGUCUCUUAUUAUAACUACUUCUGUAUACAAACGAUCGAAUUUAUUAUAAGAAUGAAAAUAUUAAAUACUUGAUGAAUUAAAGGUGUAUAUAUCAAUCCAAUCUUCUGAAAACGGUCACUACAACUAGGGAUGGGCAAGGUUUAGGCGUGUAGCGGAGUGGGCUUGCCCCUAAAACCUACCUGCGGGCCUAAAACAACCGGGCGAACGAGUUUACCCACGAGUAUUAGUUUUGUGUCGCUACCCGCCGUUUAACUUAGCGGGCGGGUAGUACCCGUCUAAAUAUUAAAAACUUUCUAAAAUUAUUGUCCAAGUCUGCUCGUUUUUCGAGUCGGGUGGGUCGAGCGUGGCAAG